CUUUGCGAAUGUUAUUUUCAUUACAACUUCCUAGUUUGGAAAAAAACUUCGGUAUAAUAACAACCAUGGUUAUAGGUCUUUAAGAAAAUUGUUCCAGUAAACUUGACUUAUCAAGUUGUAAGGGCUACAAGAUGAAAGACAAGCCACACGAUAGUCAAAACGGCGUUGUAGUCGAAGAACAGAUCAAGCUAAGCGGCCACAAAUGGCAUAUCUCGUGUUUAGCUUUCAGUAUCAACGGUGUGUAUUUCGCCUCGGGAAGCUGGGAUAAACGGCUGAGAGUGUGGGAUCUUCGCAUUUUGACCACGAGUACAGAGCUGGGCAAUGAAGAAACUGGUCACAAAUCACCGAUAACCUCAGUUUCGUGGUUUCCAAACAUUGAAUUUUUGUUAGCCUCUGGUUCCGCUGACAACACGGUGAGAAUCUGGAAUUCUGAGUCUGGGGAACGGCUCUCGGUUCUAGAGGAACAUACAGGUUGGGUGCUGGGGACAUCUUUUAACCACAGUGGCAGCAUUCUUGCAUCUUCAUCUUGGGAUAAAAGUAUUGGUCUUUGGGAUAUCAGUACAUUGAAAUUGUCUCAGACUCUGAAUGGGCAUACAGGAGGUGUGUGGAAAGCAGUUUUCAGGCCAUUUGAUGGUGACAAUGUAUUGUGCUCUGCAAGUGAAGACUCAAGUCUGAAAUUAUGGGACUUAAGAACUCAGAACAAAUGGUUUCCAGUCUCAAAUCUUGUGGGAGUUCAUGAUGAUGGCAUCAAGUGUUGUGCAUGGUCACCUUGUGGUAAUUACGUGGCUGCUGGAGCUGCUGAUGCAAAGAUUUCUGUUUGGGAUAUCAGGGAAAACAGAGCUGUUAAUGUACUUCAUGGUCACAAUGAAAUGGUAACAGACUUGAAAUUUUUACCUCUGGUGACUUCUAAUGGAAACGAAGUGCUGGUUUCUGCAGGUGACACAACAUGUAGAUUUUGGGAUGUUCUCUCAUCACAGAAGGCAAAGCAGCUGCAUUCUGUCAGCCAGCAUGAUCUUGAUUAUGAGGUUGAAUGUAUUGAAGUGUCAGUGGAUGGCACCCUUCUUGCAACUGGUGGCAGAGAUAACAAAAUUGUCUUGUCCACAAUAAACAUAGAUGAAGAUGAACUUGACAAUUUCAGUAACUCACAAAAGGCAUUUGCAGCAAGAGAGCCUGGCUUCCGAAAAUCAACAAGAGCAUCUGCUAAGUCAUCCGCACUUUUGGUGGACAAUGCUGUACAACAAAACGAGUUCCUUGAAAGUGAAAAAGCCAAAAAAAUAGCGAAACAGACAGUAAAAAUCAAGAAUUCCGGAACAUCAGAUGUGCUGCAAAGUAAACUUUUGGAGUUGAAAAGCAGCAAGAACUCUCAUGUCGAGACAAAGAAGACCGAAGAUAAUUCGCAAGUUAAGGAAGAUGCAUCUGCAGCAAAACCCAAAUCAGCACCAUUUGUUAUUCCCGACAAAGAUUACGAAAAUGUUAGUCCUCAGACUCAACCAACUGCUAGCAAAAUGCACGAGGGAAAAGGUGCUGAAGCAAAAAAUAUCGCAAAGGGAGUGACCCGCGAAAAGAAUGGAAAGGAGGUAACCACAAUGCAUCACGAGCGACGACAACAGCAACCGAGUGAAGCGCAGAAACAAUUAGUGCAGGAAAAUCCAGAGUCUUUGUAUCAGAAUGGAUUGAUAUUAAGUUCGAUUCGCAACCCUCAGGUAAGCAGCAACAGCCACGAUCGCCUUGGCUCACAGACUACCUUGGAUUCAAAUUACGACAUAGACGAUGUGGCGAACGAGCUUAUCAGGUUAAGCGAGGAGCAACAGUCGUACGACGCCCACCUCUAGAUAAUGUAGCAACAAAUAGUACUGUAUCUUGGUAUACUGUGCUUUUACGCUCAUUAUCGAGAUAUUUCCUUGUCAUUUGGGAAUUCAUAAAGAGGAUGGUAAAGGGGUUGUGAAUCACGUAUAACGAGAAAAAACUGAAUGUCUUGUUGCACAUUAAAAAGUAUAGCUUUUUCAUGUUCACGAUCACGAUUAAAGUGAGUUUAAGUUUUAAUGUUGAAAAAUAUAGAUUUUUCCCGCCUCCCAUUGACUUUUUUCAGAUUAGCGUCUUUAGAGCUAGAUCUACAGGUAAUGUUACGAACAGCAUCUAAUCUCUGUUUAAGUGAAAUCUGGUUGAAAGGUGUGAUCUUAGGCUAUUACAAUAGUCUCCUUCAAACACCCCAACACCCCCCCUCCCCCCCAAACAUUUUGCGCUAUAGUGAUUUAAUUUCUCCAGAAUGGAGGACAUAAACACUUUUAAUCUUCAUGUUUUGUGGACAACUCUUUUGUGUAAUUUUAGCGCACCACUUCCAGCAACCAUUGGAAAUGUUUUCGUACUAUCUUGAAUCCUCAAGUUUCUCAUCGUUACGAAUUUCCUAAAGCAUUUUUACCUUUAAUGGAAACGUAGGACGUCUGAACUAAGUAACAAAAAGAUCACUUUCUACUUGCAUAAAUUAUAUUCCAGGCAAUUGACCUUAUGACUUCCUCAAGUUAAAGUCUGUCAAUUUUGUGACAAAUAAUUCCUCAGUCUUGUUUUGAUCGUUCCAAUUUUUCUCGUGUGACUUUGUGUUCCGUGAACUUAGUGUUUUAACUUCCUAAAUGCAUUA